AUGUCCGUCUCGAAGAUUCCUGUUGUUGUAGAAACUCUUUUACGCGAGAUUGAAGAAAGAAUACGGCAUUUAAAAACUAAACAAUUUACAGAUGAGGAACUAUUGUUACUGCAUUCAGCAUUUGGAGCAGUAUUACAGCGAGCCUUUGAAGUGUUAGAAAAGUAUCCUACCUUAGAAAUAUAUUCCACAGCAAACAACACGAGGAUUCUAAUAGAAAUCAAAGGAGAUAACGACAGAUGCUACCGAGUUUUUCCUAGAAUAAAUUUCUGCCCAUGCCAAGCAUUUAAGCAUCAAGUUCUAGGGAAAAAAGCACAAGUGACAUGCAAACAUGUAUUAGCUGCUCGAAUUGCUUUGAUAUUGGAUAAAAUUGUUGAGAACAAAAUCACCCAGGACCAAUAUUUGAUGUUAUUGCAGUCCAUGUUUGAAAGUGAAGAUUAA